ACGAAUAGACACGACGGUAAUCCAUCUCAACUGCAAUUUUCGCUCAUCAGCUGGAUGUUCCAUCCAAAGAUAUGAUUGCAUUCAUGCCUUCAGAAUCCCCGAAUUCGUCCCCUGGCUCGAGUUAUUGGUAUGGCGGCAGCAGUCUGCCGAAUGCACUGGAGGGGUUGACCCCGGACGGUGGAAGACUGCUACGUCGUGCAUCGGAGGCCGUGAUACACUCCCACUCAUUUCACAGUCAGGAACCCAACUCCUGGGAAGGUUCCCGUGCAUCGAUCCAUCUCGAUACAUCGGUUGCCGCCUCUUUGGCACUGCGUGCGCAGCCAGCAUCAGCAAUCGUAGGACACAAAGCUCCUCUCGCGCCCAAACAGGGCCUGGGCGGCACUCUUGCGAGCCAGAGAGCACAGCACCAAUCUCCGAUCUCGGGCACCUACGCUCUGCGCACGCCUCGUGGAAAGAUCACCUCCAUUGCAUGCGAGAGCUGCAGGAAGAGGAAGUCCAAGUGCGACGGAGUCCGACCCAAAUGCAAUACGUGCCAAACUAAAAACCUCAUCUGCGUAUAUGAUGUAGCUGAAGAUGGAAAGACCACCACACAAUUAAGGGCGCAUGUGCGGCGACUAGCCAAGGAGUUGGAUGAUAUGAAAUCUGUUGUAUCAUUGUUAACAAUGGCGCCAGACCGAGCUACCGCGGCAAGUUGGGCGACCGAGUUGGAGAAGAAUGGAUUUGCACAUCAUUCGGCAGAAGAGAUCAAAAAGUCUUUGCAGGAUACUCCUGAGCAGCAAACCCAACUUCAAGAACAGGAGUCGUUGUCCACACCAGCGAGCGAGGGACUGCGGAGGCCAUCACAUAGCCUGACAGCUUCUUCGUACGAUGGCUCUUCACGAGAAGAUAGAAGUAGGGAACAAAGUCAACCAGUUUUUGGAGGAUUCAAUCCCGGCGCAAUGGACGGUACCGCCCCGUUUAACAUUAACGAAGCGACCGACAUUGGCAAAUUCAGUUUCGACUGCGCAUUCUACCGACGGACGAAGCGAGAGAUGCUUUCCAAUGGGUGGGAUCAUGUACAGAUAUUUGGAAGGAGUGAAAUAGAUGUGGACAGCAUACUCUUAGGAUUCAUGGAUCCUCAAGAAGGGCAGUCUGUACCUACCUGGGCUUCUCGAAUCGUCAACAAGCUGUUGCCUGCGGUGCCUAUACCAACCCGACUGGCGUCAACGUACCUGUUGACCAAGAUGAUGAGGUGGCUUAUCUGGCCCUCCGUGGCUAACCUGAACUCAAUGCCCGAUUGGUUGAUGCCUUUGGCUCAGCAAGAUUGUGGCCCAUACGACAUUUUGAUAGACCUUCUACCAUGGCCUCCAUUACGCCAAUACCUCUAUCAACAUCCUGGCGAGUUUGUUGUCGGUGCUUUUGUUGGAUUCGUAGGAACAAAUUGGCCAUACGCGGAUGAUGCCUGCCAUUAUUGGGAUAUGGAAGCCGGUUGUACGAAGCUGAGCCCCCUCUUUGAAAAUCAUAUUAGCGACUUGGACAAUUGGACACUCGAUGCCAAAGCCGUGGAGCUCAUGCCCCAAAUUGGAGACUUCAUCCCGAUGAAGGCACUCAAAGUAUGAUCCGUCCGCAGGUGGUGGGAGAUGUCCACGCCUGAACUCUUUCUUGUGAAUACGCUGGCUAGCGUUACAUGGCGGCCUUGAAUGAUGUUCUGCGCAUGAGCAGACACAUUUUCCUUUCUUUCUUCCACUGCUUCUUUUUCAUUCUUUCUUUUCCCUCUCUUUUCUGAGCGUUCACAUCUUUAUUCUGGCGUCCGUGGUUUGUCUGAUACAAAAGUACCAACGUUUCUAUCGCUGUAUCGGAGAGUCCUUGAGGGUGGUUGUCUGCAGAUCAUUGUUCUUGUAUGUAUGAUAGGAAAGGUAAAUAGCGAACAGAUGGGUGGAAGGGAAAGUUAAUAUUAGGUAGUGAUUAUAGACCUACUUAUCAAGUAUGUAUAUGUACACCUGAUAAAAUUAGAGCG